UUACAUAGUGCAACUUUUUGCAUAAUCAUUCACUGUUUAUGCGUCAUGCUCUUUUCGGCAUGGUAACUCCAUGUAAACAGGCCCUUAAUUAAGGAGUGUCCAUACCGAGCUAAACUGUCUGUUUGUCUACCAUCUGUAGUUCAUUUCUGUUUGUCAGCUGCAGUUGUUGUUCACACUGCUGAGAGUUACAUUACUAAGACAUGGAUUCCCAUAUUUCUAAAGAAAACUUGAGAAGUAAGAUUGUAACAGAUCAUUUCGGAAGAAAAACAUUAAAUCUGUCAGAGUGGGAUUUGCUUGAAUUGCCUGAAGCGGUGCAGGAAUUAACUGAGUUGGAGAAACUUAACCUGUCACGGAAUAAACUUAAAACAAUACCUGAAAAUGUUGGAAAACUAAAUAAUAUUACGGUACUUGAUGUAAGCGGAAACCAGCUGUCCAUAUUCCCUGCAAGUUUGACACAGCUGAAGAAACUCAAACGGCUGUACAUCUCACAUAACAAGCUAACCACCAUCCCUGAUGCUAUUGGGGAGAUGGUGGGGCUGGAGAGAAUGGAAAUGAGUUACAAUCAGUUGACUGUGUUGAGUCCAGCUAUAAAACAGCUGAAGAAAAUCAAAUGGCUGGAUAUCUCACAUAAUAAACUAACCACCAUUCCUGAUGCUAUUGGUGAGAUGGUGGCACUGGAGAGACUGGAUCUGAGUUCCAACCAGUUGACUUUGUUGAGUCCAGCUAUAAAACAGGUGAAAAAACUAAAAUGGCUUUACAUCUCACAUAACAAACUAACCACCAUCUCUGAUGCUAUUGGUGAGAUGGUGGCACUGGAGGGACUGGAUCUGAGUUCCAACCAGUUGACUGUGUUGAGUCCAGCUAUAAAACAGCUGAAGAAACUCAAAUGGCUGAACAUCUCACAUAACAAACUAACCACCAUCCCUGAUGCUAUUGGUGAGAUGGUGGCACUGGAGGUACUGGAUCUGAGUUACAACCAGUUGACUGUGUUAAAUCCAGCCAUAAAACAGCUGAAGAAACUCCAAUCGUUGUUUGUAAAUGGGAAUCCUUUUACAGUUGAAGGAAUGAGAAGUGUUAUGGAGCUAGAUGAUAGAAGAAUAAUUAACCGAGUAUAUUCAGAUCUCCGAGGCCCAACAAGAGAUAGACUCAAAGCACAGCUGGCUUACGAAAGGGCUUUGCAAGAUGGAUAUGUCACAGUUUACCGUGGCAGAAUAUUACUCAUUGGUCAGGAUCGAGCUGGUAAAACCAGUUUGAAGAAGAGUCUCUUAGGCCUUCCAUUUGACUCUGAAGAACAGAGCACUGAGGGGAUUGAAGUGGAUCCUUCACAGUGUGAAAUUGAUGUUGACCAAGCUGCAAGGAACUGGCAGUCCAUUGGUUGAGGAUAAAGGAGAUUACCCAUCAGUAGAUGAUGCUAUGCACAACAUUAGCAUUGAACACUCAAUGGACUGC